AAAGGCCGAGUUCAGAUUCUGGGCUGUCAGGAGCCGCUGACUGUGCACAGGAAUCCUAGGGAAAAGCAACGCAUUGUAUGUGCGGAUUCGGAGUGAGCAUCAUGACUGAGUUCACCGGAGGCGACGUUUACCAGGCAGAAUUUGACCCGAAGGCCUUCCUGGAAUAUUUUAAGUUUGGGGAAGACACCUGGAGAGAUGACUUUCUUAUCUUCAUCCUGAAACAAUACUGUAAAACCUUCACUUCAGGUGGGGUGAAAGGCGACACCCUGAUUGACAUCGGCAGCGGCCCCACCAUUUAUCAGCUCCUCUCCGCCUGCGAGAACUUUAAGGAGAUCAUCGCUUCGGACUAUACCGACCGGAACCGCCAGGAACUGGAGAAAUGGCUGAAGAAUGAGCCAGGAGCGUUCGACUGGACUCCAGUGGUGAAAUACGUGUGUGAGCUGGAAGGAGACAGGGAAAAGUGGGCUGAGAAGGAAGAGAAGUUGAGAAAGAAAGUCAAGCAGGUUCUGAAAUGCGAUGUGUCCAAAUCCAACAUCUUGGCCCCUGCGUCUCUGCCCCAGGCCGACUGCCUGCUCUCCGCACUGUGCUUGGAAGCUGCCUGCAAAGACCUGAACAGCUAUCGUGCAGCACUGAAGAACAUCAGUUCUCUGUUAAAGCCAGGAGGCCACUUGGUGAUGGUGAUAGUCCUGAAAGAAACCUACUACAUGGUAGGCCAACGCAGGUUCUCCUGCCUCUACCUGGAGCGGGAGUCGGUGGAGGAAGCCCUGAGAGAGGCCGGGUAUGAUGUACAAUGUAUGGAGGUGACUCCAAACCGUUCCCAACGCACAUUUUCAGAUUUUGAGGCUGUGCUGAGUCUGGUUGCGUGCAAGCGGCCUGCUUAGUCCUGCUGAAAAUGAGCAAGAAAGAGCCUUGGCGCAAGGGAAAGGGCCGGGCUGGCCUUAGGGAAAAAGGCGCCUGGGGCAAACUUGUAUUUUGGCUCUGUGAGGGGCAGGGAGUUGUAGGGGGCGCGGAGCACAGGGAGCUGGGGUGGGGGCUUCUCAGAGCCAAACCUGCACGUGAUUUUGCAUUGGCAUGUGCAUUAAUCAAAGAAUGUAGAAUUGAGAGAUAGGACAUGUGACCCAAGGACCCCUUGAUGCCAACUGGCAGAUGGCCCCAGGGUACAUAGGUGUAGAGGAAUCUCCUGGGUUCGUCAAAAGGGGUCACGUAAGGUCUCUAAUGAAAGCCUGUGUCACACUGAUCGUCAUAAUCAUUGCAAGAUAUAUGUAUGGAAAACAUGUGAAUAGUUAUGGAUCUAUACUAAAAAUGAUGUUCCCUAGGACUGUGAAUUAAGGCAGGCCACCAGGUGAUCCACAUACCUCUGUCAUGCAAGACAGAGAUGCGUAUGUCACGCUGGCUCAUCAUGUGCAAACUGAGCAUUGUGUGGUUCCCAAAGGACACCCAUUUACAAUCUGAGCCAAAUGCUAAUCAAUUGAUUGCAGGGGCUUCAGGAAAAAAUAAGCCAGCAGGGGUUAUCUUGAUUAGGCAUAAGGCAAUGAACUUUUGAAACUAUAUCGGGGGUGCAGAUGAACCUCCAGUUAUUCCUUCAGUCUGUGAGGACUGCCAGCAGGAUUGAUUUGAUGAGAAGGGAGCUCAGCUAAACUGGUUGAAAAUCCUGAGAAAAGGACGUGGGGUAAGCUAUCUCGUAGGAGAUAGCGGAAUGCCUGGUUAGGUGAGUGCCGGCUCUAGAAAACACGUUAUGAUUUUGUUUGAUAUGUAACCACUGCUUUGCAAUAUCCUCACUUGCUGUCCUUGAAUCUCUGUUUUGAUAAUAAACUUAUUCCUGUUUUCA